UGAAAACGGCUGAGGGUGGGGCGUUGCCAUGGUGAGCACAGCUUCUGCUGUAGGUUGAGGUUUGUAUUAGGAAUUAGGAGAUGACAGCUGUAAACAAUCUGUGAGGAAAACUAAACGUGGUGACGAGACAAAAGAUUUGCUGAAAUGCUGAUGGGUAAGGACUUGGUCGAUUGUGGUCUGGUUCUACUUACUUUAUGGUUGUGUAUCCAGUCAGUGCCAAUCGCUGUGGACAAGAGUGCUGUAAAACCCACAGAGGACCUGGAUGCACCAGGAAGUGUUGACACUGGAUUACACUAUGACCGCUACCUCAGGGAAGUCAUUGACUACCUCGAAAAAGACCCACAUUUCAAAGAAAAGCUCAAAAACACAGACAUGGAGGACAUCAAGCAAGGCAAACUUGCUAAAGAGUUGGACUUUGUUCAGCACAAUUUUCGGACCAAACUGGACGAGCUGAAGAGGGAGGAGAUCAACAGGCUGCGACUGCUCAUCAAAGUUAAGCAAGACAUCCAGGGUGGGAAUGGUCGGACAAUAGAUCACCAGUCCCUGCUGAAACAGUUUGAGCACCUGAACCACAUGAAUCCACAUACGUUUGAGGUGGAGGAUCUGGACCGUCUCAUUAAAACUGCCACAAAAGAUUUGGAAAAUUUUGAAAAGAACCAACAUGAUGAGUUCAAAAGGUAUGAGAUGAUGAAGGAGCAUGAGCGAAGGGAGCGUCUGAAGAACAUGGAUGAAGAGCAUCGCAAGCAGGAGGAGCAGCACUACAAGGAAAUGAAGAAAAAACACGCCGACCAUCCCAAAGUUCACCAUCCUGGCAGUGAAGACCAACUAAAGGAGGUGUGGCAAGAGACUGAUGGUUUGGAUCCUGAAAAUUUUGACCCUAAGACCUUCUUUAAAAUGCAUGACAGCAACGGAGAUGGUUUCAUUGACGAGAAUGAGUUGGAAGCUCUGUUCACUAAAGAGCUGGAGAAGGUUUACAACCCUAAUAAUGAAGAAGAUGAUAUGGUUGAGAUGGAGGAAGAGAGAAUGAGAAUGAGGGAGCAUGUGAUGAAUGAGGUGGAUACGAAUAAAGACAGACUUGUGUCACUGAGUGAGUUCAUGGAGGCCACGCAGAAGAAUGAGUUCCAUGAACAACAAGAGUGGGAGACUUUGGAGCAGAAGCCCAUGUACACCGAGGAGGAGCUAAAAGUGUUUUUAGAGCAACUGACCAAUGAGCAGAACAACAUUGACAUGAGGACGGCCAGCCUGCAGAAGCAGAGAGAGGAGAUUGAAAGAAAACAAGAAGAACUUAACGCCCAGAAGCUAGGGCUACAGCAGGCUGUAGAAGAAGUAGAACGGCUAAAGGCUCAAGGCUCAAAAGUUAAGGUUGAAGAACCAGGAGCUCCUCUGCCUGAAGGUCAAAUGGCUCCAGUUAUUGCAGGAGGCAGUCAGCCUUUACCGCCUGGCCACCAGCAGCAAGAUGUUCCAGUAGCAAGCCACUCGUAG